AGUGCUGUGCGAGGUUCGGUGAUGGUAGACUCGGUGAGGCUGAGUUUAUUCUCCAUCUCCAGGUUUAUUUCUUCGGAGAUCAGCCAUCCAGAAAGCUGAUUUAACGAAAUAUUGGUAUUGUUCAUGCGAAUGUUUUGCUUAAAGGAUGAGUAUUCGGUGGGAAGACCACGAAUAACAGCAUUCACCACAUCACGUUCAGGGAUCUCUUCUUUCAAGGCAUCGAGAUCUGAGAGAAUAGUUGCCACAUCAUCAAGCAGCCUUGUAGUCUUUCUUGUACGCGUAACGCGUAAGUGAAAGAACAAAUUAUACGGCUUUGAUCGGUCGGUCUGGUCUCUCUACAGUGGUUGCUGCUUUGACUAAUUGGGUCCCGGUUUAACACGCCCUUCUUCCUUAAGCUUCAACAACUCCACACCAGAUCCCCAUUCUGGUUCCUUCUUCCCCGCCGCAGAACACUAGAUCCGGCGACCUACAGCGAUGGAUCUGCCGCCGGAGGAGCUCCAGUUCUUGACCAUUUCCGGCGUCGUCAAGGAAUCGAUCUCCAUCCCCCGCCGAUCUCCCAAGACCUUCUACUUCAUCUCUCUAACCUUAAUCUUCCCCCUUUCCUUCGCGAUUUUGGCCCACUCCCUCUUCACUCACCCGAUCCUCUCGCAGCUCCGGGAGAAUCCCCGCGCCGACCACGCCGACCAGUGGGCCAAGCUUCUCCUCUACCAGUUCUGCUACCUCAUCUUCCUCUUCGCCUUCUCCCUCCUCUCCACCGCCGCCGUCGUCUUCACCGUCGCGUCCCUGUACACGGCCAAGCCCGUUUCCUUCGGGUCCACCCUCUCCGCCAUCCCCAGCGUCUUCCAGCGCCUCUUCAUCACGUUCGUCUGGGUUUCCUUCCUGAUGCUGGUGUACAACAUUGUGUUCCUUCUGUUUAUGGUGCUGUUGAUUGUGGCCGUGGACACUGACAGCGUCCUGUUGUUCUUGUUCUCUGUGGUUGUGUUGUUUGCUCUGUUCUUAGUAGUCCAUGUUUACAUAACCGCGGUCUGGCAUCUGGGUAGUGUGGUAUCAGUGCUGGAACCAGUCUAUGGUCUGGCUGCCAUGAAGAAGAGCUACGAAUUGCUUAAGGGGAGGACCCGGAUGGGGUUCGUGCUGGUUUUCUCCUACCUGGCAAUCUGUGGAGCAAUCAGUGGGUUGUUUGGGAUGAUUGUGGUGAACGGAGGCGAGUAUUACGGGCUGUUUUCAAGGAUUUUGGCAGGAGGAUUCUUGGUCGGCGUGCUGGUGGUGGUCAAUCUUGUUGGGCUUUUGGUGCAGAGUGUGUUUUACUAUGUGUGUAAGAGUUUCCAUCACCAGGGGAUUGACAAGAGUGCUCUCUAUGACCACCUCGGAGGGUAUCUUGGGGAAUACGUGCCUCUCAAGAGCAGCAUACAGAUGGAAAACCUUGACGGUGAGUGAGAGUUGAUUCCGAUGGGACAAAACAGGAAGUAGCUAAUCUCUGUGCUUUCCUUGAACACUUUGUGUUGUUUUAAGAUAUGUAAAAAAGAAUUGCUAUCAAGAGAAUGACUUUGUACUUUGUAGUAUUUACUCCAUUUCAUGGAAUGCAUUGGGGACAAUGGCUUCUUUCGCUU